AUGGAUUCUUCGCUUCAUGAGCUCUGGCAAACUGCGUCAGGCAGUCCCUUCAAUCCUACUAUCGGCAAGGGAAGCCAGUUCCUCGUGGGGUUCUCACUGCUGGUCCUUGGUCUUGGCCUGACGGGCAGCUUUCUGCUCAACCGGACACUCGCCAGCAUCAGCUAUCUCGGCCUCCCUGCGUCGUUGGCGGUUGCGUACGUUUCGAGCACAUGA